AUGUGUACGUCAUUUGUGUUUGGCUUAUGGAUUGUCGACACUGUUUUUGAUAAUAUCACUGAUUCAAACAAUGUUCUUGAUGAUGAACAUUUUGAUCAAAAGAAUCCAAAACGAGUAAUCGAACAACAACAACAAGAUCAAGGUGAAGACAUUGAUGAUGAUAUAAUCACGUUGAAUGGUGCAACCGUAUUGAAUCCACCAUUUAUUUACAGUGAAAGUGGACCAUAUCGUGGAUUCUGUGUGGAUAUACUAAAAGAAUUAGGAAAUCGUUUAAAAUUUCAAUUUACUUUACGACAAAGUUUUGAUGGACAAAUUGGUUCAAUACGAACACGUGAUGGUGUUUUUGGUGAAAUUAUUGAAAAGUAUGUUGAAUUUGCAAUCGGUGAUAUUAGUAGUAAUUGGCUUAAUACACCUAAAGAAGCCGAACAAAAUGAUAUUGUAUUUACAAGGCCAAUCUAUAUAUCAACAAUGAAAGUAUUGUUAACAAAAUCAUUAUUCAAAGAAUUAGUAUAUCGUAAACGUCGACAAUGUCAAAAUGAUUUAGCCAAUAUUAAACGACAGGAACAAUUUAUACAAGUUGUCUUCAAUGAUAGCAAUAUUAAAAUGAAUCAAAAAGAUGAUUGUGCAAUCAUUUUGAAUGAUUCUUCAUUAAAUACAAAUAUUGAUGAAAAGAAUGGCCAAUUUUUUCAUUAUGAUGAUGAUGGUAAUGAUAAUACAUUACCAUUAUUAACCAUACAUGAUAUAUUCAAUCAAGCCGAUAUUGUACGUAUUAUAUUCAAAGGUAGUGCUGUACAUCGUUUCUAUUCAACAAUUAAUAUUGAUUAUCUUAAUGAUUUAAUUAUUGUUGAACGUGCAUCAUUAUCAACAUUAUUACAACGUUUACAACGACAAAAAUAUGUAUUGAUUGAUGAAUCAAAAUUUAUUGAUUAUUUUGUCGAUCAUCAUGAUUGUGAAUAUACAAGUAUCGAUGUAGCAAGGCGACAACGUAUAUGGUUAGAAAUGAAUAAUCCAAAUGUACAUUUUGAUACUGUUACUUUAAAACAGCCAUCAUUAACAUCAAAUGGAUCGAUUAUUAUUAAUAAUAUGACAAAAUCAUCAUCAACAACAAUAAUACAACAAUUAACAAUACGUAAAGAGGAAUUAUUUCAAAACAAUAUAGCUAUUGCUUUUUCCAAAACAUUUAUUGAACAAUCUAAACGAGAACAACAAAAAAAUUGGUCAAUUGAAUUUAACAAAACAUUAGAUUUAUUAGAAAAAGAAGGUAUAUUAAAAACACUUCGUGAUCGCCAUUGGUUAAAUAAUUGUCGUCGUGAAGGUCGUCUACGUCGAAUGUCAUCAUCAUCAUCAAUAUCAUCAACAUCAUCGUCAAUAUCAUCAAGAUUAACAUUAUUAAAUUCAAUAAUUUCAAUCAUUUUCAUAUCAAUCAUUAUAUAUGCAAUCGAUGACAGUAAAUAA